UUUGACGAAUCUCUGAAUAAAUCAGAAGGAAAACAAUAGCGUCACAUGCCUUUGUAAAAAACUUUGUAUAACCCCUACUAUGAUCCCAAGAAGGAAGCCAUUCUAAAAUUUCAACAUGUACAACAAGGUGCUAUGCAUAAAACACAUAUUUUGUACUAGAAUGCUAAUUUCAAUACAAGUUUCUUGUUUGAAAGCUAAGUACAGUAAAUAUACCUCAAUCUUAUUGUUACUUUUUUACAGAAUAGCAAAGCCUGUUGAGUACUAUAGGAAAUUUUUGGAGAAAGAUGUUCGACCAGACGGCAGAGAACUUGGGGAGUUCAGGCGAACAGUACUUAACAUAGGUUGUAUCACAACAGCUGAGGGGUCUGCUCUAGUCAAGCUGGGAAAUACAACUAUCAUGUGUGGUAUCAAGGCAGAACUAGCAGCACCAAAACCAGCAGAGCCAGACAGAGGAUUCAUUGUGCCCAAUGUACAGCUGACACCCCUUUGUUCUCCACAUUUCCGACCAGGACCACCCAGCGAACAAGCCCAGGUUAUGAGCCAGUUUAUUGCAGAAGUUAUCAAAAAUUCAGGAUGUGUCGACUGUCAAAAUCUUUGUGUCGUACCAGGAAAGCUGGUGUGGGUUUUACACUGCGACCUGAUGUGUUUAGACUAUGAUGGAAACGUCUAUGACACUGCUGUGUUGGCACUGCUAGCAGCAUUCAGAAACACUCGUUUGCCACAUGUAGAGGAGAAGGAAGAGGUACCAGAAGUGACCAUGGACAAAACAUGUUCUUUAAUUGUCUCAUCACAGCCUGUAUCCUCCACAUUCUCUAUAUUUGAUGACCGUAUCCUGUUUGUGGACCCUACAGUAGAGGAAGAGGGGCUGGCUACAGGCAUGGUGACUGUAGUGACUGUUGGUAACAAACUCUGCAUGGUACACAAACCAGGUGGAAGUCCGCUUAAGUCUGAACAGCUGUUGACAUGUUUUGAUCGAGCCUUUGACAGGAGUAAGGAAGUUCUGAGACUCAUAGAAGAAACAAUCCUAAGUGUAGAGAGAUGAGAGUGUAAUAAAACUGUUAUUUUUAUGUUUG